UCGGAAGUGGGUCGGGUUCAGUCCGUGAAAGUACGCGUUCGAGUGCGGAUCUGUGACAAGUUGGCUUUAAGUGGAGGCGCUCGAUUGCAUAUCGAGUUUGCGCACAGCGUGAAAGAUUGAAAGAGAAGCGUCGCGGUGAAAUUGCCAAGUGACCUUUGCUGGGUGGAUCGACUGCCGCCGGCGAUAAGAAUAAGGUGUAGGUACUCGAAGGUGCUCUGGUGCGGACAGCAGUCAUGUCGGAGAAGUCAAACGGAACACCUGCGCUCAUUACAACGAUCACCAACAAGUACCCGACGUUUCGGGAUGAGCCCUUGAAAACGGUUUACCGUUGGUUGGAAGGUAAACGUCACGAUGAUGGUGCCGAAGGACUGUGGCGUAUUCACGACACGUUGUACGACUUGACUGAAUUCAUCGAUCGUCAUCCCGGAGGCCCCGAAUGGAUCCGACUUACAAAGGGAACUGACAUCACCGAGGCGUUCGAAACGCAUCACAUUACCACGAGGGCGGAAAGCCUCCUGCCGAAGUACAAAGUUCGAGAAGCCAAACAACCGCGGAAUGUGCGGCUCACUUUCAAGGAAGAUGGAUUCUACCGGACGUUGAAGCGAAGAGUUCGCGAUAAGUUGCAGGAGAUCGAUAAAGCCCCGAUCCAAAAAUCUAGACUUAUCAUCGAUUCGUUGCUGGGAAGCGCGUUCGUGUUUGCAUUUUUAGCCAUAACAUUCAAAAGCUAUCUGUUGGCUGUGUUUAGUGGACUGUGUGUUAACUGGACCAUGAUUUGUGCGCACAACUAUUUCCACCAGAAGGACAACUGGCGUAUGAAGCUGUUCAAUUUGGCGUUCUUCAGCUACAGGGAAUGGCGUGUAUCACAUGCGAUAUCUCAUCAUCACUAUCCGAACUCGAUCCUUGAUUUGGAAGUUUCCUACUUGGAACCGAUGCUAUGUUGGUUACCGAACCCACAAAUCAAGGGGACAUUCCAGCGGUUUGGUUCCUGGAUCUACGGUCCGGUUGUCUAUUCCUUUAUCUUCAUUGGAGAGUUUGUUAAAAGAGUUAUUGAAUCUUUCACAACCGGCAAGUGCACCUUCUUUGCGGAUGAUUUGAUUACAUUCAUUUUGCCAACCUUCAUGUACAUAAGCGAUUCAACCAGUUUGGGUGAGGUUCUGAAGAUGUGGAUCUUUAUCGUAAUGGUUGCCAGCUUUGGAUUCGGUGUGAUCGGAUUGAAUGCAGCUCAUCAUCAUCCGGAGAUAUUCCACUCGGGAGAUAAAAUACCGGACAAAAUCGACUUUGGAGUGUACCAGAUAGCGGCCGUUAUCGACCGAGCUGACGUUAAGGGGUCACAAUUUGCGGUGCUGACCAGCUUUGGAGAUCACUGUUUGCAUCACAUGUUCCCGACAUUGGACCAUGGAAUACUGCCGCAAUUGUAUCCGGUGUUCCAUCAAACGUGUGAAGAGUUUGAAACGGAGUAUCGGGAAUGCUCGUGGUUGCAUCACAUCGUCGGUCAGCACAGGCAGUUGGCCAGAAUCGAAACGAGCGUUUAUGAUCCUUCGAAGAAACUGAACUAGUCGCAACUUAGGGAAACGUUGUGCCAAAGAAAUAACCGUAGUUGAUAUUUUUAAUUUAACAAACAGUAGAGAUCCAUUAUAUUAUUACAGGGAUUAUACACUAGGAGGGUGUAGGAACGACUAAAAUGUUAAUUUGAUUUUACCAGUGAAAUAAUUGUUAUUUUUAAUAAAUGUUUUAAUGUUUCCGAUUA